AUGUGGCCUUCUGUCAUGCUGGCGUGCCUCAAAGAGUGCCCGGCCAGAGCCAUUGAGCUGCUACACGCGACUGUCGAGCCGGGCGUGACCCCCCCUUACGCCGUGGCCGACGUUCUUGGUUUCAUAGUUCGAUGGAUGACAAUACGACAAGGCGAGAUUGAUCCAGCGCUCGAGAGCCAGCUUCCCCCCCUCCUGCUGCGUAUUCUCAGCUGCAGUCCUCCACAGAGUUUUGAAUUCAAGCAGUGGAUCAUCCACCGCGUCAUCACCUCAUGUCAUGAUACCCAGACGCUGGCUACCCUGUACUCGGAAUUACGGCGGUACGGUCAUUUUCUUAGCAAAUGGACCCGACUCCAUAUCGCAUCGCGCCUCGGAAAGGACUUGAGAUACAAAUCUGCGGCCUUCCGCAUCCUCGACGAGAUAGCUGAGAAGCGCGAAAUGGAUCUCAACGGGCCGGCAUUCGCAUCCGUGGUCACCUCGCUUUUGACAUUUCCACUAGCAGAGGAGGACGACUCUAGAACGUCGCUGCGCCAACCCCAACGACUCCGCGAGUUGGAACAGUUACUCUUCGAGGGUGUGCAUUCGUGGAAAGACUUCUCUCCAAACUUGAUAACAUUGACAACCUUGAUGCAAGGCUUUUGUCACAACAAGGAUUACGCCGGGGCGUGGGCAGUCCACGACCUCAUGCGCAAUCAAGGGAUCGAGCCGAACGCUUAUGUCUACUCGAUCCUCCUAAGUGGCUCAAAGUGGGCAGGUAGUUUUCGGUCAGGCGACCGGGUAAUCAGCGACGCCCCUGCAGAUGUCCUGCGGAAUCCUGUUAUUUUGAACGAUCUACUUCAUUUCAUGCUGCUGAGCGCCGAAAGAGAAACCCGACGUAGGACCCCCUUCGUGCGAGUAUUUCCCGCCAUGUUACUGGUCUAUAUCAGGUUCUUCAAGCUGGAGCCGUUGCAGAAGCUCUAUCCGUCCGACUUGACCAGAUGGCUUACAGAUGAGAAUCUCGGUGAGGAAUGGGACUGGAUGGGCAAGAUGGCCCCCAUCAUCAAUAAGUUACCGGUCCUUGGGCCUCAAGAGCGCCUCGAUCCAAAGGCGGACACUCUCCGCAUCAUGACAUUAGGUUACAUCAGUAGCCUCACCGACCCGUACGGCGUCAUUGCCUUUUACUCCCGAUUCUGUUCCCUGCUGAGGGCGGGCGACGAGCACGCACUUGCCCUGAUAAAGUUGGGAAGCCGCGUUCACGACCUUAUCAUCAAGGCCCUCACUCGGUUUGAAGGCAUGCUGCGAGUUGCCAUUAGCAUCUUGGAAGACAUGCUGAAGGAUACCGCGGCUAGGAAGGCUGCGAGCACGACAGCAACAGACAGGAUAACACCAAUAGCAGACCAGCAACCGCAGCAAGGCAUGAACGCGGAUCUACCAAUCCACCCAGAACCCAGGGACACGACAUGGAAUAUCAUCCUCGACGCGUUCUGCCGCAAUCCCAAUGAGAACUUGAAAUCACAAUUGGAGCGCGUCCUUCAAAUGAUGCAGAGACACGGCGUCAAGGCCAACAAGAUCACCUGGACGCUGCUAACCUUUGCCUACGCAAAUUGGCAGAAUCCUGCAUUGGUCGCUAAGACGUAUUCCGAGAUGGUUGGCGCAGGUUAUGAUGCCGACGAAUACGUGGACCGCGCCUUUGCACGCCUGAACAACCGAACCACGGCGAUCACAAUGCUGGAGCGGAACCCGCCCCAGGAAGCCCCGCCUACCCUAGAUGACGUAAUGCUGCGCGAGGAGCUGCUGGAGACGCGUAAAAUGUUGGAGGAAAGGAGGGCGCGGCGCCUUGCCAGAGAUAGCGAUGCGGUCGCGGAAGCAAUGGAGCAGCUCCAGAUGCAGCAGAACCAAAUCGAAGAGCAGCGCGAGCGAGACGCUGCUGAAGCUGGAUGGGGGCGCUGGGACCAUGACGGUGAAGAAGCCGAGCUAGGAAGUGCGAUGCCGCAACCUUGGGAUGAAGAGGUUGAGCGUGAGAGGAGUGGGCAGCUGGACGAAGCCUCUACAGCCGUGGAUGAGCUAGGACCGACUCUGCCCGGAGACACGGUAGACAGAGAGCGCGAAACAAGGGUACGCAAUGACUCAACGGUUAGAAGCUGA